GAGUCUGAUUAAAAAUUAAACUCUUUGCCUCCGCUUCAUAAGUAACACUCCACCCCAAUAAUAAACGGAGCCUUGAUCUGGUUCAGAGUGAAUCCACUCACUUCCCGCAACUAUAGACCAGACAAAGGGUGAACCAGGGCUUGCCCUUGUUAAUAUUUUAGAGAGAGUUUGUGAACUCGUGCGGUGGUUUGGUUUGGCGACGUGUCGAGUUUCACAAGCUAGGUAGUCCAGAAGCAUUGCAGUGUGAUGAUGAUGGAAUUCGAUUUUGUGAUUAGGCUCUCUGAGACGUCAGUGGUAGCAUCUUUGUCUCUUUUGCUUCUCCACAGCCCCAUCCUCAUCCGUUGUCAUGUGUGCAGCACGUCGGCUAAACAAAGAGCGUUGCUUUUCUUUACAGCCAGGCAGCCUGGAUAACAGAUAAUGCCUGAUUCCUAAAGUGAAAUGAAACGGUGGGGAAGAAAAUCUUGCAGUCAUGCUUUUUUGCAUCUGUUUUAUUUUGACAGUAAUUUGCACGCACAGCAAGGAGCUGCAGUAUAGGCUAAUGUGUGUGCCUGUUUUGUUGUUGUUGUUGUUGUUGCCUCUAUGACUUGUUCUUUAUCUGCACACAGAAGCAGCUCAUUAGACUCUUCUAGUGCUUGUAAUGGCUGCGGACGGCCUGCCGUCCUCCGGUGCUGGUCUACUAAAUCAAGCGCAGGAAGCUGGACCGGGAGGAGUGGGGUGACAAACAGCAUGUUUAGUGCUACAAGAAAGAAGUUUGUAGAGGGGGUCGAAAGUGACUACCCUGAUGAAAGCAUGUACUACGGCCAGCCAUCGAUGUUCCAACAUCGAUCAGAAAAAGACAUGUUGGCAUCUCCAUCACCAUCGUCGUCAGGUCAAUUGUCGCAGCUCGGCGCCAGUUUAUACGGGCAAAGUGCACUAGGGUUCCCGAUGAGGGGCAUGAGCAACACCAACCCUCAGCUGAACAGGAGCUUGACGCAGGGCAGCCAGCUCCCCAGCCACGUCACACCAACCACCGGCGUGCCCACGCUCUCCUUGCACACCCCACCCUCGCCAAGCAGGGGGAUCCUUCCGAUGAACACCCGGAACAUGAUGAACCAUGCGCAGGUGGGCCAGGGAAUGGGUGGCAUGAGCGGCCGCAGCAACAGCAUGGGCAGCUCGGGACUGGGCAGCCCCAACCGCAGCUCGCCCAGCAUCAUCUGCAUGCCCAAGCAGCAGCAGGCGCGCCAGCCACUCACCAUCAACAGUAUGUCGGGGUUUGGGAUGAACAGGAAUCCAGCGUUCGGAAUGAACAGCUCGUUAUCGAGCAACAUCUUCAACGGAACGGACGGGAGUGAGAAUGUCACGGGGCUGGACCUUUCGGACUUCCCUGCGUUAGCGGACCGGAGUCGGAGGGAAGGAAACGCCAAUCCAACUCCACUGCUUAACCCACUGGCUGGGAGAGCCCCUUACGUUGGAAUGGUCACAAAGCCAUCGAACGAACAGUCUCAAGACUUCUCCAUCCACAACGAGGACUUCCCUGCACUGCCUGGGCCCAACUACAAGGACCCAACGUCGAAUAAUGACGACAGCAAAUCGAACCUGAACUCAUCGGGCAAGAGCGUAUCCAGCACAGACGGUCCUAAGUUCCCCGGGGACAAGAGCUCAACAGCACAGAACAACAACCAGCAGAAGAAAGGGAUCCAGGUGUUACCUGAUGGUCGGGUGACGAACAUUCCCCCAGGCAUGGUGACAGACCAGUUUGGCAUGAUCGGCCUGUUAACGUUCAUCCGGGCAGCUGAGACAGACCCGGGCAUGGUGCACUUGGCGCUAGGCAGCGACCUGACAACACUAGGCCUCAACCUGAACUCGCCAGAAAAUCUCUACCCCAAAUUUGCCUCUCCUUGGGCAUCUGCACCUUGUCGGCCUCAGGACAUCGACUUCCAUGUUCCGUCUGAAUACUUAACCAACAUUCACAUAAGGGACAAGCUGGCUGCAAUAAAGCUGUCGCGGUACGGAGAAGAUCUGCUGUUCUACCUGUACUACAUGAACGGAGGCGACCUCCUACAACUACUAGCAGCAGUAGAGCUGUUUAACCGGGACUGGAGGUACCAUAAGGAGGAGCGAGUUUGGAUCACACGGGCGCCGGGGAUGGAGCCUACAUUAAAGACCAACACCUACGAGCGGGGGACGUACUACUUCUUCGACUGUCUUAACUGGAGGAAGGUAGCUAAGGUAAAGGAGUUUCACCUGGAAUACGACAAGCUAGAAGAGCGGCCUCAUGUUCCAUCCACCUUCAACUACAACCCCGCUCAGCAGGCCUUCUGAGCUGUCCGCCCUGCUCGCAGUCGUCACGGCGGCAGGGGGUAUGGCUGUCCUGGCUUGUCACUCACUGAACUGGCAGAUAGAUGGCGCUGUGGCUCAGGCAUCCUGUUUUUUAAAAAAAAAAAAAACAACAAACAAACAAACACAUGUUCCUCAAUGGAUCAGCUAAAUUGACUCGGGUUGGGAGCCCCAUCUUGCCAUGUUUGGCUGUGGGGUCCUGCCUUUCAGAAUUAUGUGCUGCCCAAAAAAAAACACACACACACACUCGUUUGUUUUCUUCUCCUUUUCUUUUCAUUUCUCUCUUUUUUAAAAAAAAAAAAAGACGAGGCAAAAAAGGUUCAUUUUAUCCUUUUCUUCUGUUAUUCCUUUCCCGUUUCGGACCGUCUGAGUUUCAUUUUCCUCUUUUAUUUUUUUCCUUUUGGGUUUACACCUAUGCCUGUAAGGCAGGAUGACAGACUGAGACACUCACUCUGACCAUAACAGAACAAGGUUUAUACUUCAUUCUUUGAAGUGUUCAAGCGUUCAUAGCGAGCGAAUGGAAAUGAAGCAACCUCCAUCGAGUACAGUAUGACCCUGGGACAAACAAAAUGGAGGCCUGGAGAGAAUGCAAUGUUCAUUGUAGUACUAUUUGGUAAUAAAAGAACACAAAAAUA